AUGGUGGUCAUUGUUCCUAAUUCUUUCCAGGAGACUCAAUCUGAUUUGGAGGUGAUCUUAGAGUUCCUAGAGGAGUACUACAGACAACACAGUGGAGGAAAUGUGGACAAGAUGUACUGCACUGCAGUUGAGCCUGUAGAUGAAAGAAGUGCACCUGUGGACGAAGGAUCAUGCGAGCAGCGCUGGACGUGCAGUGGAAAGGUGCGCCUCUUUCACUUUCUGUUUGAGGUGUUGGAGGAUCCGAACAUGGCCCACUGUGUGUCCUGGGUGCCGGCAGCCGCCGGCGUCUUCCGCUUUUCCUCCACGAACAAGGACCAGGUGGCGGCACUGUGGGGUCAAAGAAAGGGCAACAAGAGGCUCAUGACCUACCAGAAGAUGUCCCGCGCCCUCAGGAACUACGCCCGGUCCGGAGAGAUCUUCAAGGUGAAGAAGAAGCUCACCUACCAGUUCAGCCGAGAGACUCUGAUGCUACUGCAGAAGUGUCAAUGA